GCGUUAAAUAUAAAAAACUUGUGAUUUUUUAAUUUGUCAUUUAGCAUUACAAAGACUAGACCCUCAUACAAGAAAAUUAUUUGAGGAAAGUAGGGAUCAACAUUCUUUACCUACAUUCUCCGAACUUAUUGAUUUCGUAAACAAACAAGUAAAAGUUCUAGAACAUACACUUUCUAGCACCUCUGUAAUAUCUAAACCUACCAAUAUGCAUAAAAGUAGUCAUUAUGUAAAUAAGACAUCGUCUUCAAGGUCAGUACUUACGACUUCACGAGUUCAAAAUCGUAACAAUCGUAAUAAUAAUAACUCUAAUAUAAACAUGACUUGUCCACAUUGUAAUCAAAGUCAUAUGAUAUAUCGAUGUGACCAAUUUCGUAAAUUGUCCGUCGAUGAUCGCAAGGACCGUGUCCGUUCAUUGAAGCUCUGCACUAAUUGUCUCAAACCCGAUCAUGAGUCUAAUUUGUGCAAAAGUACAAUCACUUGCGGAGUGUGUGCUUUGUCGCAUCAUUAUUUAUUGCAUCAAGAUACAGGUAAAGCGGAACGUACAAUCGCAGCGGCCGUGCCGCCAAGUACUUCGUCCGCGCAACCGUCUCCGUCACACACACAGCAAGCGCUAGUUUCUUCUCACUCCGUGAGUGACCGAACGAUUCAUCACGCACUACAUUGUGUAGAUGAAAAUAAAUACGGGGUAGUCUUAGGAACUACACUUACGCACAUCACUGAUAUUGAUGGGCAAUAUCAAAACUGCCGUGCAGUCUUAGAUUCCGGAGCUCAAAGUUCAUUCAUCACUACAGAGUGCGCUCAGAGGUUAGGUUUGCCGCGUAAAAAAUGCCCAUUUACUAUUAAUGGUUUAGGCGGGAACAUAGUGAAAAAUCAAGGGAUGAUUUCAUGCACAAUAAAACCAAAACAUUCAGACGGUCCUACAUUUAACGUCAACUUAAUCGUAGUAUCCAAGGUCUCAUCUGAUAUGCCUAAUGUCAAUUUUCCUAAACAUGUAAUUAAUGAAUAUAAUUCUUUUCAACUAGCAGACACAUUUUUCUACAAAAAAUCGCGAAUUGAUAUUUUAUUGGGUAAUGACAUUGUGCCAGAUCUUAUCACGGGUAAGCCGAUAUUAAUUAAUUCAAACAUUCCAAGCGUAAUUGAGACUGUUUUUGGUUGUGUUGUAAGUGGUAAAUUAUUCCCACACAGAGAGAAUAAUUCCCAAAAUUUUCAUUUAUCUGUCUCGCAUAAUGAGGAAUGUUCAUUAGAUAAAAUAUUGCAUAAGUUUUGGGAACUGGAGGAAGUGCCGUGCACACCUGUCGUUAGUUCUAUGGACCAACUUGCUGAGAAUAUUUUUGUUAAUAAUCAUUUUCGAGAAUCGAAAGGGCAGUAUGUCGUACCACUACCGUUCGUAACCGACCCCGCGCCACUGGGUGAUUCCCGCGCCGCGGCCGAACGUAGGUUAUUGUAUACCGAGCGUAAACUUGCGCGUACUCCGGAGUUACAUCAGAAAUAUAACGAAUUUAUGCGUGAAUAUGAAAAACUUGACCACAUGGAACGUUAUCAGGGCGAUAUUCCUAGCAAAUAUAUUAUUCCACAUCAUAGUAUUUUACGUCCAAGUAGCGCGUCAACUCCAUUACGUGUCGUGUUCGAUGGAUCGGCAAAAGCUUCAGGAGUUUGA